AUGGUCCUGGUAGAACAAGUCGUCCUUGUCUCUUCCAUCCUGGUCACAUUUGGAGUUUGCCUCGCCGCCACCAAGUUUACGGCCAAAUACGUCUUCCCCGACUUUGAACCGCUGCAGUUCUACGACGCCGCCACCAACCCAAUGGAGAUCAACGUCGUUGUUGCUUUCAUCGUGGGCCUUGUGCUCUCGGUGGGAGCGCUGCUCUACUUUGACUCGCAGAAGCUCAAGCCGGUGCUCAACCCCACCCAGUGGCAGCAGUACCGUCUGAUGGAGAAGCAGACGCUCUCGCCCAACACGGCGCUCUACCGCUUCAAGCUGCCGCGCCAGAACAACAUCCUCGGCCUCCCCAUCGGACAGCACAUCUCCAUCCAGGCCAACAUCAACGGCAAGAACGUCAUGCGCUCCUACACCCCGACGUCGUCCGACGAUGACCUCGGAUUCUUCGACCUCGUCGUCAAGUCGUACGAGCAGGGUAACAUCUCCAAGUACAUCGGCUCCAUGAAGAUCGGCGAUCUCAUCUCGGUCAAGGGCCCCAAGGGUCAGAUGCAGUACACGCCUGGCCUGUCUCGCCACCUCGGUAUGAUCGCCGGCGGCACUGGACUCACGCCCUGCCUGCAGAUCAUCCGUGCUGUCCUCAAGAACCCUAGCGACAAGACGCAGAUUGACUUUAUCUACGCCAACGUCAAGGAGGAGGACAUCCUGCUCAAGCAGGAGCUCGACGAGCUUGCUGCCAAGCACAAGGACCAGUUCCGCAUGCACUACUUCCUCAACGAGGCGCCCGCCGGCUGGAAGGGCGGUGUGGGCUUUGUCACCAAGGAGGCUAUUGAGAAGAACAUGCCCAAGCCUGCCGACGACAUCAAGAUCCUCAUGUGCGGCCCGCCGCCCAUGAUCAACGCCAUGAAGAAGCACCUGGACGAGCUCGGAUACGAGGCUCCUCGUACCGUCAGCAAGCUCCAUGACCAGGUGUUCUGCUUCUAA